AUUUCAGUUUGUAAGUGUCUUUCAAACCAAAAUAACGUUUAAAUCGUGACAAUCAAUUUUUUUAAAGAGUAAUUUAACAAAUUUAGAAGUGAACUUGAAAAAUUAACUAAUCUUCAAUCAUGACAGAAAUUCAACAAUUUUACAGUGAUCAAAGUAUAUUUAUCACAGGUGGAACAGGAUUUUUAGGGAAAAUUCUUAUUGAAAAAUUGCUUCGUUCGUGUCCAAACAUUAAAGUCAUUUAUAUUUUAAUUCGACCGAAAAAAGGAAAACAAAUUACUGAUCGAAUUAAAGAAAUGACUAGUUCACUUAUGUUUGAAUCUUUAAGAGAAAUAGAUCCAAAUUUUGACAAAAAAAUUAUACCAAUGCCUGGCGAUAUAAUAGAACCUAAUUUCGGACUUUCGUCUGCAGAUUUAGAGUUGAUUAAGAAAGAGGUUUCAAUUAUAUUUCAUGCAGCAGCUACUACAAGAUUUGAUGAACCAUUAAAAAUUGCACUAAAAAUAAAUGUCGAUAGUGUGAAAACUAUGAUUGACAUUUGUAAAGAAUGCAAAAAUUUAAAGUCCUUUGUGUACGUAUCAACAGCAUUUAGUAAUUGCAUUUAUCAGCAUGUAGAAGAAAAAGCAUAUCCAGGACCAUUGUCACAUGAGAAACUAAGUGAACUUGUCGGUGUAAUGGACCAAUUAAAUAUGUCCAAAAAAGAAGAAAUCAGAUUCACCAAAUUGGUGAUUGGCAAGUUCCCCAAUACAUAUUGUUUUACGAAAUCGAUUGCCGAAGAGCUUAUCAGUAAAAAUACGAAAGAUCUACCAGUCUGCAUUUACAGAUUUUCAAUCGCACUAGCUGCACUAAAAGAACCUUUAGAGGGUUGGUUGGAUUCAAAGCAAGCACUUACUCAGGCUUUAAUAGGAUUAGGUUUAGGUGUCAUUCGAGUGAUGAGUAUAAAUGGAAACGCAAAUAUGGAAACAGUACCAAUUGAUUUGGCAUGUAAUUGUUUAAUUGCUUCUGCAUGGGAAACAUCAACCAGUAAAAAUAAUAAACAAGAAAAUAUGCGAGUUUAUAACUACGUUUCCGGUACAGACAACCCAGUAACUUGGAACUAUUUAAAAGACUACCUUCGUACUCAACGAUACAAUUUAGCAAUGAAGAAAGCAGUCUACCAUCCUGAAGUUAUAUUUAUUAAAUCUUUUCAUCUAUAUUUUCUUUUGCACUACAUAUUUCAUUUCCUUCCAGCUGUUAUAGGAGAUGUAAUUUUAAGAAUAUUAGGUCGAAAACCAGUGUUAUAUAAAGUUUUUAAGAAGGGAACUAAACUUUCAUUAGUCAUAAGAUUCUUCACUAACGGACAAUGGGAAUUUGACACAGACAAUGUUAAAUCAUUGUGGGGAAAACUUUCUAUAAAUGAUAAGAAAUUAUUUAAUUUUGAUAUCACAUCUUUUACUUGGGAUGAGAUGAUUAGCAGACACUGUGAGGGAGGUAUGAAAUACGUUUUGGGAACGGAUAUUAAUGCAAAAUAUGAAAGAGAAUUAGCUGCACGUAAACUAAGAAGAUUAUUCUAUAUUCAUCAAGUAGUUCGAGGAAUAUUCUAUUCUAUUGUCUUGUGGAUUCUUUGGAAAAUUUAUAAUUUAUUAUUUAAUAGAUUAUAACAGUCUGAAGCAAUUUUUAUAUAUUUAUCUGUAUAAAAUACGCAAAUGUAAAUAUUGCAUAAAUGAUCAGCAAAAUAUAAAAUUUUGCAAAUAA